GAUAAUGUUGCCUCUAAGAUUCGUUGUAGCAAUUAUAUUGUUCAAAAAUGUUAUCACUGAUUUGAGAGUAGACCCCCUCGUAGAUACGAAUGUGGGGUUGAUCAGGGGAUUGGAAGCAUCGGAUGGGGACUAUUCUAUGUUUUUGGGUAUACCGUAUGCCAUGCUUGACAAGGAAAACCCUUUUGGGGUAAGCUUCCUGCCUCAUCCAAAAUUUACCGAAGUCUUUGAGGCAUAUGACGACUCGGCCGUGUGUCCACAGCGGAACAGCAACAGCACUAUUACUGGGACUUUGGACUGCCUCCACCUCAACGUGUUCACGCCGAAUUCUGCGACGUCCCUAAACCUCCGCCCAGUCUUGGUCUUCGUUCAUGGCGGUUUUUUGCAAAGAGGCGGAUUUAACAAAGAAAUGUACGGACCAAAGUUCCUUAUGCAACACGAUAUCGUAUUGAUAACGAUCAAUUAUAGAUUAGGACCGUAUGGCUUCAUGUGUUUGAACACUCCGGAAAUCCCGGGAAAUCAAGGAUUAAAAGAUCAACUGAAAGCAUUGAGAUGGAUUCAAGACAACAUUGCAGCCUUUGGUGGGGAUCCUGAUCAAGUAACUUUAGCGGGACAGAGCGCAGGUGGUGCUUCUGUGGACUUUCAUUUAAUGUAUCCAGGAGAGAGAUUGUUCAACAAGGUUAUUCUGCAGAGUGGUGUAGCGAACCCCGAAAGAAUGAUUGAAGCUGACAUUGAAAAGCCUAUAAAGCUAGCCGAAUAUUUUGAAUUUAAAAAUAAUGAUGUGAAUGACGCCUUAACAUUUUUAGCUACUAAGGAUACUGAUUCAAUAAUAGAAGCAACACUAGAACUUGGAAUUGGUUUUAGAGCGUGCGUAGAGAAAGAAUUUGAAGGUGUGGAAAUAUUUGUACCACAACACCCGGCUACCGCCGACCGGCCACAUGUGAAAAAUAUUCCAGUUUUAAUAGGAUCAGUCGAUAAAGAAUUUUUAUCUACAUAUGCCGAUAAGGAAUCAGACUUUUUUCAAAACCUCACCAUAUUUAGAGACUCAUUACAAAAUGUAUUUGAUUUUGGUGACGACUUGGACGUAAUACAUCGAAAUUUGAGAAACUUUUACGUGGGUGAUCACUUGAUGACAGAUGAGGACAAAUGGCAAGUGGUAGACUUCGAAUCCGAUUUUACAUAUGUUCAUCCUAUUCAGCGAGCUAUGAGAAAGUACAGACAGAGCGAAGCGGGAAAUAUAUACUUUUAUGUGUUUGACUACGAUGGUGGCAGAAAUUUUGUGAAGUACAGGGAUAACGUGAACGCACCGGGAGCCACUCACGCGGACGAAUUGGGAUACUUGUUCGACCCGUCUCUUAUUACCGAGGAGCCGUCGUCGGAAGACCAGGCAGUUAUAGAUAGAAUGACAACAAUGUGGGCUAACUUUGUCAAAACAGGGAAUCCUACUCCUUCGCCGUCGGACGUGGUUCCCAUCUCGUGGACUCCGAUCACAGCCGACAGAUGGCACUGUCUCUGGAUCGGCGCAGAUCUGCGGCUCAAGGGCAGACCGUUUCACCACCGGAUGGCCUUUUGGGACCUGUUCUUAAAGACGUAUGGACAUUUGGAGAAAGGAGUAGAACUAUUAUAACAUAACUUAUUACCAUGACAACAUAACAUAGCAUAACUUUUUUUCUUAUAUUUUAGUUUAACGUUAACUUUGUACACUGUACUCGAUUAAUAUUAUUAUAAAACGUAAAAUAACGACACAUUUGUAUGGUUUUUGACUGACUUACCAGGAUGCUGGCAAAAUGGUUCACCACAAUAUUCACAAUAUUAUAGAGUCGCACAAUGUCAAGUUGACGUAGAUUUUGGCACAGCCUGCCAGUGCAAAUGUUUUUUUUUCAUCUAUGGACUUGAGGGCGGUGUUGCCCAUAUGAUAGCCAAAUUAGCCAAUGUCGAGUAAAAAGGGUAGGAAAUUAUACAUGCGGAAAAGGAAUAUACAGAAUUUGGAAAAAAUGGAGUGCAAAUGUUAUUUGACAUGUCAGAACUUCUAUGAAAUAAUGACGUUUCAUUAACCCUGCACAUUUGCACAGGCAGUUAUCGAAAUUGGUGCCAUGUUAGGUUAGGUCCGACUUUAUCUAAAAUAUUUUAUCAAUCAAAUUCAUCAAAAAUAACCGCUUAUCCCCAAUCCAAGUGUAUGCAAGUAAUUAAACGUCUUUCAAGGGAUUUAUUUUCAUUAUCCUUGUACAAUAUUGGCCGUCGCCGGCCCCGGAAAAAUCCGGCCGCCGGCGAUUCAUAUUCAUAAUGCCGGGAAAUAAUUAGUUUUCAUUAUUCAGGUCCUCAUCUCGGGAAGUGGAAACAAGUGACGGCCUUAGAUGCUUGAAUUAUGUCUCCGAAAAUAACCUCGGGGUAAUUGCGACCCUGGUUUAGACUUUAAAUAUCUUUGGAAAAUAGAGGGUUAAAAAGAGAAAAAGUUUCACAUAAAAGGUUUACCUAGAGCAAGAACGAUUUAAUACUGAACUGACAAAACCCAUCCAAAAAAGCGUGCCCCUGAAAUGUAUGGGCCUUUUAGGCUUAAAACUAGAUGGCGCUGUUUCGCAGCCUGAAAGUGGCCAAAAUCAUAU